AUGCGGGAAAUCCAAGAGGCUCAGAAGGAGCAGCGGACGACUUUGGAAAUGCUGACGAAGCAACUGUCUCAAGUUGCGAUGUCACUGGGAGAGCUAAGGGGCAAUGAAGGAAAGAUCCCAGCCACUGUGCAGCCACCUGGUCGUGAAAACAUCAGCGAAGUGUCCCUAAGAUCAGGGAAAGUCUACCAAAGCCCUAUCGCACCUGUGAUGUCCCCAGCAUCAAUGUCUGGACCAAGCCGUGAAGAGGAAGGAGAAUCCAGUGGGGUGGAUAAAGCAAAAGGGAGUGACAAAGGCAAAGCGAAAGUGGGAGGUGAAUCCUCAGAAGGAAGUCAGGGAGAAGAAGCAGAGAAAGUUAAGUCAUAUCCAUACCGAGGAAUGGUGACUAGGAGAAGAGAUGCCACAAUUGACGUGGUGAAUAUGUUCAAGGAUGGGGAGGUCAAGGUGCCGCUCUUGACGGCCUUGAAGAUGCCCCCGAUUAGCAAAUUUAUCAAAGAUUAUUUGGCGGGGAAGGUCAAUGAGGAGGGCAGAAUGAUUACAGAUGAGAAUGUCUCCGCCUUGAUCAAGAGAAGCGACCUCCCCUCUAAGAAGACCGAUCCAGGGAUGUUCACACUCCCUAUUUUCAUCGGAGAUAUCCAGGUGGAGCACACGAUGUGCGAUCUCGGGGCAUCGAUCAACGUUCUUCCAUACUCCAUCUAUAGGAAGCUGGGAGCGGCCAAGCUCGUCGACACUGACAUCAUGAUCUAA